GGGAGACAGGCAGAAGUGGCCCGAGUCGAGGAUUCACAGCUUUGAAAGCAGGAGCGGUAUUUGGAGAUUGCCCCUGCCUGAGGUGGAAUACAUUGCAGAGUUCAUCUGGAAGUUUUCACUCUCUGGGGAGGGAAAGACAAGGAGCAUUGAUAGGGUGUGUAUGUUUCCUUGGCUGGUUGUGAAGACUCCGAUCACACGCUGCGAGAGCACAGGCUUAUCGAUUAGUGAGUCACAGGACGUGUGCCCAUGAGGUCGUCACCACUGGUCCUGCUCCUCCUGAUUGGCGUCCAGGCUGCACUGAACAUGGGAGGUGGAUUGGCCCGCGGUGCCGGGGCUGCCAACCACAAAGCCGGACAGCAGACGGCAGCUAAUCACAGAGCAGGACAGCAUUCUUCACAGGAGCAUCACAGGACCAGCCACCACAGGACCAAGAAGCACCAUCGAGCAGCCUCACACACCCAGGACAGAAGCCUAGCCGCCAAGCACUCGACAUCUCCUGACCCCUCCAUCCCGAUGGUGGACCCCAAGCUAUUCUCCAAGAGACAUUACCGCUCCUCACCACGCGUUGUCUUCAGCGAGGUUCCCCCGUCACAUGAUGCCCUAGAGGGUGAGGACUAUGACAACGAAGGGCUAAGGGGGGUAAGGGUAAGACGUAGAGCAGGAUCGCACACCAUGCACCGAGGGGAGUACUCAGUAUGUGACAGCAUAAAUACCUGGGUGGGCAACAUGACACAAGCCACAGACAUAGCUGGAAACGAGGUGACAGUACUGCCCAACGUUACAAUCAACAAUGUGGUGAAGAAACAGUUUUUCUACGAGACCACCUGCCGAUAUCCAACGCACAGAGGCUCCGGAAAUGCACAUGGAGGACGGCCGGGGGGGCGGGGCAGCAAACAGGGCACCAAACCCGGCAACUCAGGCUGUCUUGGCAUUGAUAAUCGCCACUGGAACUCCUACUGCACCAACACGCACAUAUUCGUAAGUGCCCUGACCAUCUUCAAGGAACGGACAGCCUGGCGUUUCAUCCGCAUCAAUGCAGCAUGUGUGUGUGUCCUCAGUCGGAAGUCUUGGGGGGGACGACUGGGACACUGACUAGGGAGGACAACUCUUGACCACUCAACUACAAACCAAGCACACGUUUCUUGUAAGCAGCCACUGCAGAUUUAUUGCCAAUACUGUAUUCCUCUCCCCCACCUACACACACACACACACACAGUUUCAUCUAUCCAAUGUCUUGGCCCCUGACCCUACCUCAGUCUGAGAAGUCCUGGUUGUUUUUAAAUUAUAUGGACUGCAUGUCAUAUUAUAUUUAUGGUUUAUACAGUCAAAUAUGAAUAUAUAUGUAUAUAUAUAUAUAUACAGUAUGUAUAUAUACAAAAUGAAUUCAAGCUUUUAAUUUUGUUGUUAUUGUUGUGUUGUUAAUGCUGUUAUUUAUUAAACACCUCAGUACUUGCCUGGUUUGUUGUGUCACUGUAACAAGGUAGUGAUGAGUCACAAGAUGAAUCUAAGGGGAAUUUCAAUGAUCCGUGAGAUAUAAGGAAAAGUUAUUCUAUUACAUAGACAUUAACUCCAGAAAACUCGGUCUAGACAUGUUUUAUUGGCAUUUGCCCUCCAUAAAUGAAGAAUGCAGCAGGAGAUUGUGUUGAGCAGACAGAAAACUUGCUCCCUGUGAGCUCACUUGGACUUUUUCUGGAAAUCUGACACGUGGAGCUGGAGGGAAAAUUUCUGAAAAAGGGUCUAAAGUGAUGUCUGCAGAAAUUUUGCACAGCCCCUUUGUGCAAUUCCAGGAAAAUGUCUAGACCAGUGUUUUCCAAAGUGCCCACUAGAGGGCCAGGGCCUUGGAGGUAUUGCAGAUGGGCCUCAGAUGGGUACAAACAUUCUUCCAUUGACCAAAUCCUUUGAAACAUCUGUUCUUUGUUCUGGGAAAAAUACAUGUAAAUUAAAAGACGUUAAAAUAUGUCUAAUAAAACAA